GAUGGACAGGUAAGACGUUUGUUAUCGACGUUACCACGGUACAAGAACGCUCAGCAAACACGAAUCGGACCAGUUUCUUGGACGUAUAAUUAAAGUAGGGUGGCCUUUUGACAAUUCUACAAAAUAAAUGCAUACGGAUUAUAAUAUGAAAUAGAGACUGUAAAGAGGGAUAUUUUACUCUAUGACAAGGAAUUGAAAAUCUUGUAAAUACAAUUUUUAGAAUGAAUCCCGCCGGACAAGGUUAUCCACCGCCCCAACAGGGAUACCCACCACCGCAACAAGGGUACCCUCCGCCUCAGCAAGGAUACCCACCACCUCAACAAGGGUACCCUCCACCUCAGCAAGGAUACCCACCACCUCAACAAGGGUACCCUCCACCGCAACAAGGGUAUCCAGCGCCUCAGCAUCAGACUGCACAGCCACCCCAACAGGGGUAUGCUCCACAGCAACAAAACUAUCCUCCGCCCCAGGGCUACCAACAAUCACCUCAACAGCAGCAACCAGUGCCAAUGGAGGUAGGCCAAGUACCUCCUCCACAACAACCGACUGGACAACUGGGGGCAACUCCUUUCCAGAAUGGGGGCAAUGCCGUGAUACCAGGGGGUGUAGAUCAAGGCCCUGUCCAACCUGCUGGGGGUGCCAUGACCAAAUACGUUGGAGAUGUUCCCGACGAUGACGUUUCGGGAGAUUCAGAUGAUGAAGUAACCGACCCUCCCACUGCUGAUUUAGCUUUUGAUAAGAUGGAUAAGGUAACAGGAUACGACGAUGUGAUGGGGGCAAACUUUUUACCACCCCCUCCACCAACCUAUGAAGAGGCUACCAAACCACCUACCCAUCAGACCGACGGAGUGUUGCCUAUGAUUUCAGACGCCGAAGCACGAGAGGUGCUACUGUCACACGUUGCUGAACAUUGCUGCUGGGGAAAGAGAGCUGCAGAGGGUCUCACCUUUACCAAGAUUGAACAUAGUGCAGCUUUCCAUUACACAUUGGAGACAUUUUCAGAAAACCGAACAACUAAGUGGGUUCACACUCCAUAUGUCGGUCAACCUAUUGAUGGACCUCAAAACGGACCAGCUCCACUCCCUUGGUCCAUACCUGCCGAUUUCCCAGCCCUGUUUAUGAAUAAUACCAGGAAGAUUGAAGUGCCCCAUACAGCAUCCGUCAAACCAUGUCACAACUGUCGUGCGUCUGGUUACGUUCGCUGCCCACGAUGUUGUGGAAGAGGAACGGUACGUUGUCGUCGUUGCGGUGGUGAUGGACGGAGGAACGUAAGACGCUAUAAUUCCAACACCAAGCGUCAUUACUACAAGUCCAUAACAUGUGGUAGCUGUGGGGGAGAUGGCCGCAGACAAUGUUUCCGUUGCACUGGCUAUGGCAAGAUCACUUGCCCCGUAUGCGAUGGAAGAACUCAGCUCAAAUGUUAUAUUCAACUCACUGUCGAAUGGAUCAACCAUGUAGAAGAUAAUAUAGUGGAGCGGACCAACCUUCCAGAUGAACUUAUCCGUGACGUCACAGGCAAUAUAGUAUUUGAGGAAGAACAACCAAAGGUGUGGCCUAUAACCCAUUUUCCCGACAAUGCAAUCAAUCAAGCAUCCCAACAGAUUGUUAAGAGGCACGAGGACUCUUUUAAGAGCGAGAGGUUGCACAAACAGCGCCACAAGGUUCGUAUCAUCCCCGUUGCUGAAGCCAAAUGCCUAUAUAACGACAAACCAUUCGUCUUCUUUGUGUAUGGCUUCGAACGUAAGGUGUACGCCCCAGAGUAUCCCAUGCAGUGUUGCUGGGGCUGUAGCGUGUUGUAAGGAAAUCGUAUGUUCGUGUGGUUGCCAACUUAUGUAACAAUCAGUUAAGGAUAAGACUGGUUGAAAGCUAUUGUACUGUGUUAUCAUCAAGUUAUUUAAGCCUACAAAAUCAAUGGGAGCCUGGUGGAUAUGUUGCAACUGUAGAUUAAAUGAUCGAUGAUUUGGAUUUCGUCGCAUUCAAAGGAUCGAGUCAGAUGGCUCAGUUCCUAUUUUGUGAAGGAGCUGAGCCAUCUGUUGUAAGGGUCUGGGUAGUAUCAAGAAUAGUGGUUUGAUCUUUAAAAAAAAUAAUUACUUCUGUCAGCGGCGUCGAAUAACAAUGGGUGUCGCACGAAGAUUUCAACUAGUUUGCCACAAAUGUGCGACCCCCCCCCCCCAAAAAAAAAGAGGAAAAAGAAAUAGAAAGUAAAAUGGCAAUCAAUUUAUACAUUAUUACAAAGGUUUUAGCCUCCCCCCCCCCCCCCUCUGGUAACGCCCAUCAUGAAAGUAAUCUAUUGUAUAUUAAAUGAUCUUACUUGCAAUUGUAAAUAUGUCACUCUGCAUGACUUUUGUGUAACAAGAAUGGCAUCUCUUAUGAAACGUAAGGUUUAUUUCAAGAAAGGUCAAUUCACUAGCAUUAUGAUUUUCUGUAAUGAUAUAUACAUAUAAUCACAUUACAUUUUUCUGUAAUCUCACGUUUGAUAUCAAAAUUCAUUUUGCAUGACCGUGUAUAAUAAUUCUGUAUAUAAGGUGAGCAAUCGUGUCUAAUUUAAAUAAUUUUAAGCUGUUCUGUACACAAUAUAAAGGUCUACAGACUACAGGUAUUUCUAUUUUGAAUGUUUUGUAAAUCCUUUUCUUGAAAAAGAUGAAUAUCAACAGAAAAUUUGUUAACUAGUUUGUUUUCUAAUGUCUGUAAAUCAAUGAUAUUUUCAAAUGAGGUUAAUUUAUUAAUUUUGAUAUGAAUAAUCCUAUUGUUUGAAACGAAUCUUUCAAAAUUCCUAAUCAGUGUAUGUAUAUAUUAACCGAUUGAUAAAUUAUUUUUUCAGAAUCGUAAUUGCUUUUAGCUAAUGUACAUACUGUACAUUUUCUUCAUUUAAUGAUUCAUAUUCUUAACAUUUUAGAAGAGUGCAAUAGAUAAUAGCUUUCUGCAUGACAUAAAUCACCAAUUUUGUUUUGACCGUUUGGAAAAUGUGUUUUGUUUAUCAAAAAAAUAUCACUUUGAUUAAGAACUAGUGUAUGUUUCCUUUUGAUCAAGAAUAACAAGUAUAUGCUUUAUCCUAAUAAAACACCAUUUAUUAUCCA